AUGGAUGAUGACAAAAAAGAAAAGGCACGCUUAGAUGAUGAGCCAGUUGCAAGGAUUCCUUGGUCUUUAAGCUAUCUCCUGAUUUGCAUUUUGCUACCGGCCCUAUCGGGUGCCCAAAUGGGAUUUGGCUGGUCAGCAUUUGGUCUCUAUAUCCGGAAGAUGGGAUGGGACCUGGCCCAAGGGGGCUUGGGUGUGUCCAUUGGUUCCUUCACCCGCUUAUUCACACAGCAGGUCAUCUUCCGGGCGGGAAUCUGGACAUGUGUUUGCUUUGCUGCCUUGCAAACCACGGCUGCCACAUUGGCAUACAUAUAUUCGGAUCAGGCGGUCAUCAUUUUCUGCCAAGCGGGGGUGCUCAUUGCGUGUGACGUGACUGUGGCUUUUGAAGGCAUCGUCUUUGACAAUUUUUCAGACUCAGAGGCCAUUGUCAGCCAAGCCCAGUCGACGGUUUUGUCAAGCUUCACCAUUGCCAUGGCACUUGCUGCGACGGCCGGAGGCGUGAUCUAUGACCUGGCCGAAUGGAAAGGCAUAUCUGUAUUCCACAUGUCUGUUGCCGGGGGACAAUUGAUUGUGAUGGCCUUUCAACCUGCGAUACGGCAAUCCUUUCGAACUUUCCUGCAUGGAGCGGAGAAGGAUAAGGAUGAGGAUGAUGAGGAUGCGGCCAAAGCCAAACGCAAAGCGGUGCAGCCGCCCGCGCAAACUGCCGCACUACCUGGUGUUGUGGAGGAUGAGGAAGAGAUUCAGGCAGACACGGCUCCUGUGACUCUGACCGUGACGGUUGUUCAGGCAGACAAUGCUCCUGCGGCAGAGAAGGUUGAGGAGAAAAGGGCUGACGAUCAUGAGAAUGGUCAGCCAGGUGAGGAUUCCGCGGCUUCCUCGGCGAAUGGUGUGAUACUGAAACAGGCCUCGAGAGCUUCGAGGAACUCAAAAGCCUCGAAGGCCUCGAGCACGUUGCACCCAGACCACGACCACCACCAUUUGAUCUCUCCCAACCUUGCACGAAGCGGAGUGUUCACAGGACGAUCCUCACGACACUCCUCACUACACUCCUCCGCGCGAUCCUCGCAGCGCUCCGAACAUUCAGGAGGGUUGGUGGACACGUAUGGCACUGGAAGUAGCAAGCGAAGCAGGGCCAAUGGACACACCCACAGGGCCCACAGGACUCGAGUAAGUGGUGGAUCUUCAGGUACAUCACGUAGCGCGGGCACAGUGCUGUCCAGAGUUUCGAAUUUCUCCAGUUUGUCGCGUUCGGGUGAAUACUUUCAGUUCAACUUUGGAAUCAUGAAUAGCCUCCGACCCAACGUUGCGAGCGACAAAGUUCGAAUGGCAAUUGAGAGUGAUCAUGAAUUGAUUGAUGAACCAGAAGUGCCUACCACGAUCGCUGCAGAACCUGUCCGCCUCACCCGGAAGAGCCAAAAGAGUAAAGGACUUGGCCGCGACAUGUAUCUGGUAGCCUUCCUGAUUGCGAUGUGCAGCUUUAACAACACCACCAGCUACGCGAUCGAGUGGGCCACUUACGCCAUUUUCUUCAAGGAACAACAUGGCUGGACUUCUGCCACCUGGGCAGGUAUUUGUCAAACCUCUGGAGACCUUUUUGCGGCGUUCAUGAUGGGUUGUCUCAGCGGGGGCCAAAGGGCUGAGUUGAGUGAGGUGGAAGGGAUUCGUUGGUUGUUCUAUUCAGCGACCUCCCAGCCCUACAACUUGGUGCUAUUCGCCCUGGCAUGGGUCACAUUGGACGCUGGUCUAUGUGUCCCUGUCUUGCCCGUGGCCGUUGCGUCACAGGUGAUCAUGGGGACAGUGUACGUCUAUGCAAUGAAAGCAGUUACGGAUAUGAAUUUGUUUUAUUCACUCGGCGAUAGCAAAGUCUUUAUGCAAUUGCAAGUGCAAUGCAGAAAUGCCGACACACUGGGGAAUAUGCUGUCUGGCUACCUCACUCUCGCGCUCUAUGAGAUGGACCCGCUGUUUCCCUACUUCUUCUCCACUGGUCUUUCCAUCUUCACCUGCAUCACUGUCAUGCUUGGAUUCUAUUGUCGAGUGGGUUUCGGCCUUGAUAUCGAAACUGCUGAAGCACGACGCAGCCAAAAACGUGGUAUGAUACGUCAGAGCCAGUGGAAGAGUGAUCGGAUGAAAAACAUCCGUAACGACGCAGAUGAUGGUUCGCCUCCUCUUUCGAAUGUAUCUCCUGCUGUUUGCAGUGAGGUUUUAUGAGCCAGGCGGCGUUCACAUAUGUGAUCGCAUGCAAAUCCACAGAUGUCUCCGACAUGAACCAUUGGUGGGAAUGGCUGUGGAUUUCCA